AUGAACAAUGCAGACAGUCUCCUACACCAAUCCAAAGAGCCACGACAAUAUCGUCUGAACAUCCUCCAGCAGCCCCGCGUAGCUAGGAUGUCUUCCUUUAGCGAGAAGAGGCCGGUUGAUCCACCUGCGAUUAUUCAGCUAGAGGUGUAUGAUAGCGCGGGUAGACUAGAUGAGGACGCGCUAAGAUCGCCGUUCUGGGUACUACACGUUCUUCUCGCAGACAACGACACACUCCCCAAACCCCAGUCACAGAUAUUGCAAGGCUCAUUAACAUCCUCUGCACACUACUGCCGUCUAUCCAACCACGACACUGAUGGCUAUGGAUGUUUUUUCUAUUUCAGCGACCUCACUCUCACUAUGGAAGGCGCUUAUCGUCUCAAAUUCCUUCUCACAACCGUCUGCUCUCAGGAUAAUUCCCCACAGCCUGUGCUGAGCCAUGUCGUCACUAACCCGUUCACCGUGUACACUGCUAAGAAGUUUCCUGGUAUGGCGCCUUCUUCUCAUCUCGCUAAAUCACUCGCGGCGCAAGGUGUCAAAAUACCCAUCAGAAAUGAAGAGCGAAAACGAAAUCAGAACAGAGAAGAAGAGCUUAAUUGA